CAUGUGAUUCCCCGCCCUAUUCCCCCCCCUCCCGCACUGUAGUGUCAGCUCCGCAGCCUCACGUUCAGUAAUCCGCAGGCAGAGCCUUAGGGAGACAUGCUCUGUCUCAGAGACACAGCUGCAAGAACAGGAUCACCGGAAAACAGAAGAAAUUUUGGAGGAACCCAAUCAUGUCGAGCCCUGCUUGUCUGUGUAGGUAGUGGAGGCAGCUGGUGUAGUCAAGGUGCACAAGAGGACAUGCUGUUCCUUUAUGUACGUAUCUUAAAGUGAUGGUUGAAGAAGAAAGAAAGACCCUCCAAAUUAUCUCAAGAUGAAUCUUCACAGAGAUGAGGCGGAGUACUUGCCUAACAGUCUUCUGAGCUCUCACAGUUCUGUACACGAAGUCCACUCAAUCAACAACUCAGAGCUUGUAUCAAGACUUGAAUCUUUAGAGGGCUCAGGAAAAAAAGGAAUCUCAGAUGUUCGAAGAACUUUCUGCCUUUUUGCAACCUUUGACUUCCUCUUUGUCACUUUGCUGUGGAUCAUAGAAUUAAAUGUACAUGGAAGUAUUUUGGAUGCUUUGCAAAAGGAAGUUUUAAAUUAUGACUACUAUUAUUCAUUCUUUGACAUUUUUGUGCUUUCAUUUUUUCGAUUUAACCUACUUAUCGUUGCUUAUGCAAUAUGUAAGCUACGCCAUUGGUGGGCAGUAGCGGUGACAACAGCAACAACGUGUGCCUUCUUGUUAGUAAAAGUCAUCUUAUCUAAGCUCUUUUCCACUGGUGCUUUUGGCUAUGUCCUUCCAAUUAUGUCCUUUAUUCUGGCAUGGAUAGAAGCAUGGUUCCUUGACUUCAAAGUAUUACCUCAAGAAGCAGAGGAAGAAAAAAGGCUUCUGAUGAUACGGAGUGUUUCUGAACGAGCUACUGUUCCCCCACAAGGGCCACUGUCUGAAGGGCAGUUUUAUUCUCCACCAGAAUCCCUGACAGGUUCAGAGGAUGAAACAGAGGAAAUACAGGAUGACGAGAAGCCUCUAUGUUAGUGAAAUGUGUAUUAACAGGUAUGAAAUCAUUACACUCUUGAAAUGUAUUAGUACACUACUGUCAGCAACAGCAAUGGAUCCCAUUUCAGUGCUAAUUUACAGGACAAUUUUGACUUUAAGCUUUUGCCCUUCUUACACCUCAUUAAUAUUGUGGUUUCUCCAUAAAGCAAAAAUCAAGAUGGUUGUUGAAAUGCUAACUGAUGGAGUACUUCUCAGGGACAGGAAAUGGAGGCCUUAUCACAUCAAACCUAAAUAAACAUACCUCCUAAUGCUGCUUAUAUGAGAAAAGUUAAAAUGGUUUGCAAUAGAACUAAUGGGGUAUUGGAAGAAAAAGUGGAUAGAAUCUGACUCUGACUAUAUACAAUUUUAGGGGGGUUAUGUAAUAAUGUAAAUAAAUGGUCUUGAGUUUUGCUACUUGUCUAGUAACCAAUAGCAAACAAUCAGCAGAAUAUACAUGUCAGUUGUAUGAAACCGAACAUCUGAUUGGUUGGUGUAGGCAACUACAUGUGGGCAAACUUAAGACUUUUUAUUAUGUUACCCUGCUAUGUCUAGCACUUUAUUUGUAUGUAUGUGACAUGAAUCCUGAGAACUUACAGUAUCUCUACCAAUAACCAGUUCAAAAUAAAACUCUUAAAAAAGAUAUUAAAAUAUAUUUCUUCAUUCAAUCUACCCCUAACACCUUUUCAUCAAAACAGUUUUCCCUUACCAAAAGCAAUUAAUCUUCACCUAGAAAUAUUUUACUGGAGAUAGAGGUCUCUGGGCUUGAUCAAAGUUUGCACAGGCACCACAUCAUUAUAUUUGGGUUGUAUGUACUAAUGUGUUGGGGCAGGGCAGACUGCUAAACUUUACUGUACUUGGCUAUCAUUUGAAUGGGGAAGACUUUACUAUGUUGCUACAUAUGCCUGUCAGCAUAUUAUAUCAUCUAUUAGUACAUACAGAUCAAGAGGAAAUUAUGUUUCUGUACAAAACUUAUAGUUUAUUGCAAACAUCUAGCAUUAAAUCAGGUCAUUGUUUUUUGAUUCAUUAAACAUGCAUGAUUACUUAAUAUUUUGUAAUGAACUAAUGAUAUGCUAAUAAUAAAAUGUCCAAAUACAUCGAUUUUGAUAAGGUGUUGUUGCUCUGCAUCAAGCUGGCUCAUUGGUUAAGACUUGAUUACAAACUUUCAAAUAUGAACAUCCCUUGGCUAGUGCUCACAAAUGUCAAUUUAAUCAUUGGUUUUACACAGGCAUGGUUUGCACCAGCUGAUGGUUUAAAAAAUGGAAAAGCACUGGAAAUGAGAAUAUUCACUGGUGUCCCAAGGAAGCCUUAAAAUCUGAAUCUCCCUUCAAUUCAUAAAUGUAUAUGUUCAUUAAGUAGGUUCAUUAUCUUGGGGAACAUGCUUCAAAUUUAACAACAUUUUUGCACAAAUGCAUCUUUACCAGAUAGCUUGUUACUCUGUGUUGAGUCUUCAUCAUUAUAAUCAGCAUAAUCGGCACAUAUUUGUUUUUCAUCAGGCAUUUUAUACAUUGUAACAUGAAUGUGUUUGAAUAAUACCCUGUUGUUCAAAAUGUCCUGCUUUUGAGGUAUAAAAUAUGUUGCCUUAUAAUCAAACAAUGGGGCUGAUAUUCCAUUCUGUAUAUGUUUUUAUUCUAUUUCCUGUAUUUUAGGCUCUUAAUACUGUGAUUGUAAAGAUAUGUAAAUAAUUUAUAUAAGUGAAUAAAGACUUAAAAAUGGACAUCA